UCGAUCGGGGAGGUUCGUGCCGCGCGCGCCGCGUUGAGAGUGUUCGCUGCGAGCGCGAGUCCCGGUGUCAACAAGGCGACCGUCCGCCUUCACUCGCGUCGCGAACAAGUGUGUCUUUGUGGUGCAGUGAUGUGAUGUGGUUGUGAUCAACGCCCCGGAGUACCUCGCCAGUGUGUGUGUGGUGUGUGUGCUCCUCAAGAUGGAAGCCCUGUCUGGAGGGCCCGUGUGACGCCCUGGACGCCGUCCUGGACGCCGUCCUGGUGGUCCCAGUGUGUGAGGGAGGCCAUGGUGCUGAACAUGGCCUGGGGUGGUGGUGCAGUGGCACGAAGCUGCGUGCUAAGGUGCAGGUUGCCCUUGCCUUGCACAAGGGUGACCUCAUGCCUCACGCUAGUGUUACUAAUAUGUUUCGAGACUGUCCUGCUAUCGACAGUGAGCUGCACGAAAACCUUCACCGUCCAUUGGAAUACAACAAAUCCAAUAUUCCGGAUAGAUAACACAGAUCAUAUUAUCGAUGUUAACAAAGGAAACAUCGCAUUUGAGUAUGAUCAAGUAAAUAUUAUCUGUCCUGUGUAUGUACCUGGUACAGAUGAGGAGAAUGCUGAGAAGUAUAUAAUUUAUAAUGUAUCAAAGGAAGAAUAUGACACAUGUCGGAUCACCAAUCCAAAUCCUAAGAUAAUAGCUGUAUGUAAUCAGCCACAUAAAUUAAUGUAUUUCACUAUCACUUUCCGUUCAUUUACCCCUCAGCCAGGUGGGCUUGAAUUUCAACCUGGCGAGGACUACUAUUUUAUCUCAACAUCUUCAAAAGAUGACCUGCAUCGACGCAUUGGUGGUCGAUGCACCACCCACAACAUGAAGGUGGUUUUCAAAGUGUGCUGCAGGCCAGAAGAUAUGCAUAAUCAGACAUCAAUGAACCGUGUCCCCACCACAUCAAUAAGUAGCCCAUCAACUCCUCGCCCAGUGCCUACAUUUGCGCCCACCUUUGCUCCUCCACCACGUGUAGAGCUUCCCACAGUACGGCCUACUUCGUACAAGGAAAUAGACCUAACAAGCUACAAUGUUAAGUCCACAACAAAGAAAACUAAUGAGUAUGAGAAGCAUCCUAAUGAGGUGGUAAAGAAUGAAGAGCUAACUUACAAUAGUGCAAUUCGAAGAUCAGGGAGCACUCAUGCUCACAGUUGGUUACUGCUGUUGAGUGUUUGUGCUGUGGCUGCAGCACAACGGUGGGACAUGCGGUGAACAAGAGCAUGUUUACCACACUGAUGCAGCAUGUUGGACAUUAUCUGCCUGUGCUGCAAGUGUGUGGGAGGGCUGAUUAUUGGUUUCGGUUCAAGGACCAGAUUCCUCAUCCCUGUUCCUCCUUAAAUCAUAGAAGGAAAGAACUUUACUUUUCCUCUGUGUUCCCUUCAUGCGACACUCAGCCCUACUGAUGUGUCUCAUCUUACCACUGUGAUGAAAGUGAGAGUGCAGAUACCUUGUGUGUUUGUUAGACAUUGCACGCUGUGUGUUUAGUGUCAUAUUUAAUGUGUGCACAAGACUCAAGACUACUUAUGCUUCAUGAAGACAAGAUGUACACAGUGCGUCAAGAUACAACCACAAGGAGCAACCUCUAAUGUUCAGCAAAUUACCUCUGUUUGCUGGGUUAUUCUAAUGAUAAUGGAAAAAGCACCAAAGUCUUGAAUGAAAUGUAAAGUUAGUGUUUUUGCCAGUGAUACUUCUACAUGACAUGUUUUAUCAUUUUCAUUUUAAAAUGUUUUAAUGGUUCAAAUCUAAACAAACGUGGUAUGUACCACAAAAUUUUGUUUCUCUCUUUGAUGUCACGUUAGAUGUUCCUUACAUCUUGCCAUUAUGGUUUGUGUUCUUUCAUUGUCAUGUUACUGUCACUUAGCGUUUUACUACAUUAUUGUUGUUUUGUUGUCAUCAUCAUCGUCAUCAUCAUAAAUUUCAUAUAAAUGUCAUCACAAUUCAUUCAUUGUCAUAUUUUAUUUUUCAUUGCCAUCUCAUUUUGUAUAGUGUAUUGUCAUGUAUUUUGCAUCAAAGUCAUCAUUUUACCACAUGUUCAAAGUGUAUAUAAAAUUAUAAAUAUAUAAAUAUAUGUUUGUAAAAUUUCAUCAGCACUUGGAAAAAGUGUGUUGUGAUAGUAAUUAGGUGUAUGUAUCUAUUUAAUGAAAACACUGCAGUGGAUCAAUCACAAAUUGAAAACUAGGUAGUUAAUUUUGGACUUAGUUUCUGUUGUGGCUUGUUGUGUAAAAAUCCUUUAUUGUUGUUGUUGUUUUUUUUCUUUUGUCUGCUCACACUCGAAAUGUGACAAUAGUUUGAAAUCGUCCUCUUGCUUUUUUAAAACAAUCUUUUGUACAAGAGGAUUUUACCUUCGAUUCUUCAUAUCAUGAGGUAAACAAAGCAAAGAAUUUUCAUAUCAUGAGUUAUCUCUCAGAGAAGCUGAAGACCCUCUUUUCUCCUUUGAUGAAAAUGUAAAAAAAAAUUUAUGUUAUAAUUUUAAUGUAAUAUAUUUAUACACACAACAAGCCACUCCAUUUUGUUCUUUGUAACAGCCAUCAAACAUUUAUAGCUGACUUUUGCAGUCACUUAGAUUGAAAAUAAAUUUAAAACACAUAAUUCUGAUUUACAUAGGAAGAAAACUGUCUAAUGCCCCCAUUGUAAUUAUUGUAAAUACAGUGGUAUAUAAGUAUUUAAGUGCCAUAAAUGGGUAUGUUUUUCUGUACUUUUGUUCAUUUUCUUAGUAUUCAACACUUUCAUGAAUUUGAAUGUAAAGGAUGGAAUAGUGAAGAAAGUUAAGUAACAUCACUGAAGCUAAAUCAUGUUUGGCACUAAAAGCUGCAAAAAACCUGGUGAUUUGUUUGGAGGAAUCAGGUAAAUUGAUUUUCUCAUUAGCAUCCUCCCUCUUUUCCACCGCUGAGUGAGCCUCCCUCAAGUAGAUGCAAGUUAUGAUGGUUCACAGGCGGUUGAAAGGUUUUAAACACUUCUUACUCACAACCUGAGCAUUCCAGUGGUGAUGUCUGCUGUGGAGCUUGUUGCAUACUUUGUUGGACCAAUUAGACGAUGGAAUUGUUAUGUAGUAGCUAACACGGCACCCAUAUUUUUAUCAGUAUUGUGGUGUCACUGUUCCGUAAUUUCAGUUACUGCCGUCUUUGCAUCUCAUUGUCAGAUUGAAAUUACUGGUCUCUGCCUGACCUGUUCAUGAUGGCUGGCCUGCCCCUUUCUUGCAAUCAUUUCAGACCCUAUGGGCAUGGAUGACAGUGUAGUACUGCUGAAUUCUAGCUGCUUCAUUAUAUACCUUCUCAAGAAGAACCUACCGCAAAAAUGUCAAUUUCUUACUUUUGCUCCAGUUGCCGCAAAAAUAGCUAUGUUUUUAAAACUUGAUUCUGUGAAGACAUGCCAACAUAACUGCACUGGUGAAUGAUUCUGUAGUGCAUCUCAUUUCCCUCGUAGAAAAGAUAGAAUAAACUCUAAUAGUACUCUACCUAUCAAAUUGCAACAAUAUUUCUCACAAAUUCAUCUUUUGGUACUUAUAGACUGAAGUAAUGUUGCAUGGUCCAUAAAUUUAAGAUGCAUUAAUUUGAGAAAAGAUUUCGUUGAGCCUUUUUUUUCCUUUGUCCAAAUCAUAUUCCAAACCAGAAUCUUUUAACUAGAAUCUGAAUUGGAGAGUAUAUUUAUUUUUUUAGAAGAUAAAUUUGAAAAUUGGAAUGGGGUGAAAAACGUUUUCAAUUCUUGCAGUGUUUCACAUGAGCUUUAGGUGUUCAUAGUGUGAAAUUUGAAUGAUGAAUUUGUUAUUGUAAUGAUGUAAAAGUUACAACUGUUACUAUUGUUAGAUGAAAUGUUUUUUAUGUCCUCUGUAUGGCACAAGAUGAUUCUCAAGAUCUUUUUUAAUUUUAUUUUUUAUUUAUUAAGUUUUGAGAAUGAAUCACUUGACUAGAAACUUAGCUUUUGCAUAAAUAGGAUUUUGUUUUCUGCAGUGGUUAUGAGCAAGAGUAAGUAAGUACUGAAAAAUUGUACAUACUGAUAAAAUUGGUACAGCUCUCUUACUCUUGCUACUAAUCUUCCUGUAGUGAUGAGUUUCUAUUUAUUGUGGUUCAUUAAAAUUGAAUGGAAAUGCCUAAAUGUUAUCUUCUCUUUUGGUUGAUCGAUCUACAAAAACUCAUUUUUAAAUCAGGUUUGAAGAGAUCCGUUUGUGAUUUGUUUUAAGUGUUACUUUAAACUGCAGAGAAAUGCAAAAAUGCCUACAUCACCUUGAACAGAGGUAUAUUUUUUUGUGAAAAAGAAAAAUUAAAGGUUUAGAAAAUGCUCAAGCACUGUCUGUUCAUGUGUGAAAGCAAAAACUGGCGCCUACUGAAUUAGAGGAUCCAUUUUAAUCAGUCAAUCAUAAGUUAUCAAACGUUCCCUGCUAUUGUUUCCUUUUUGUGUAAAUAAGGUCCCCGUCCCUGUUUGUUCAUGAAGUGCUGCUAGAUUGUUUUCCACAAGCACAACUAUGUAUACAAUUCCUUUGUUUCACAUUCCAUCCUCUUUCUAGCUAUUUUUCAUUUACAUGUAUUUGGUUAUCAUUCAAUCUCCCCAUCUUUUCAUCUGUUUUGUGUGCAGAAAAUGUAGCAAAAGUAAUUUAAAUCAGAAGUUGGUGUUUUUCCUGUUGCAUAUUUAUAUUCACCACCUUAUGUCACUGUACACUAUACAUUGUGAAAGAAUAUUUUAUAACUGACUUUUGUACAGAAUACAUUAUUGUAACAUGAA